AUGACGUCUCCCGAGGCCGCCGAAGCCCCGCCGGCGGGCGAAACCGCAGCCGCCCCCGCUGGCGACGCCCCCGCCGCGGACGCCUCCUCGGCGGACGCGGUCGGCGAGUCCACUACGAAAGAGGACUGCGACGGCCACGACAGCGCCGACUCCGGCGAGGUCGGCGAGCCGGGCGCGACGACGGCGGAGGAGGCGGAAGAGGACGCCAACCUGCCCGAGUGUAAGAUAAAGCGCAACUACUCGUGCAGCCACUGCACCUACUUCACGCAGAACCCGCGCUCGUACCUGUACCACCUCAAGGACGAGCACAAGGAGAAGAUCAGGGUGUACGAGUGCCCCAACUGCCUGUACGCGUCCAAGCACAGCCAGAAGCUGCAGCGGCACGUGCACAUGGUGCACGUCAUGGGCAGGGGCAAGCGGAAGAGCUCGGCGCGCUCGCCCAAGACGCCGUCGGCCAAGGCGAAGAAGGCGCCGCCGGACAGGGACAAGGGCGCGAAGGCGCCACCGCCUCUGCUGCCCUGCCCGGACGUAGUGGUGAAGCAGGAACCUGCCGGCUCCGAGGAGGAGGCGCUAGGGGACGGCUCCGCUCCGAAGGAGGGCGCCGAAGACGAGAAGUGUGAAAAGGCCGACGAAAUAACCGAAGACGGCAGUAAGGACACGUACACGUGCUCGCAGUGCCCGUUCUCCGACCAGAACAAAGCGCUAGUGGCGCGGCACGAACAGGCGGUGCACCUCCGUAAGAAGUUCUUUCGCUGCAGCAAGUGCAAUUACGUGACGCACAUGCGCGCCAGGUUCACGAAGCACGUCAAGUACCACUCGAUGCCGAUGAUCAAGUGCGACAUGUGCGACUUCCGUACGCCGUACAAGUGGAACCUGGACCGGCACUACAAGAACCACACGGGCGACGGCGCGUUCCGCUGCUCGCUGUGCAACUUCACGGCGGACAUCAAGCAGAGCCUGACGGUGCACGAGAUGAACCACCACGUGCCGCCGGCGAGUGCGGGGGCGCCCGUGCCGCGCCGCCGCAACAAGGUGGGCGCCAGCGACUCGGCGCCCGCCCCCGCCCCCGCCCCCGCAGAGGCACUUCCGCCGCCUAAAGUCAUAUCAACCCAAGAACACAGUGAACGCCAUGAUUUUCAGACUGAUUUUAUACACCCAGAUGAUAUAAUUCAUCAUAAAAAUGGCAAUGUGUACAUAAAAACAUUGAAAUGUAAGAGCUGUAAUUUCAAAGCUGCCUGGGGCAGUGAAAUGGCUCGCCAUGAAAGCAAAGUCCAUGGAGUUCUCACAAAAUUGACACCACCCAAAAAGUUUCCUCGACCAAUACCUAACUUGAUACCCAUACAGCCAAGGGCAUCAGUCUUGAAACCUGGAGUGUCACCUUUAUCAGAAAAUUCACUGAGUGAAAAGGAUUUAAAUGAAAUAUGUGCAAAAUCAUGUGCAAAUAGCUCUCUUAGAGAUUUUGCAUCUGUAAUAGGUGAUGAAAACGCAUUCACAGUUUCAGGAGAAGAAAAAAGUAAGUCAUGGAUGGAUGAAAUGAAAAAGAAAAGUUCUUCAUUUUUGGAUCAAAUUAAAGAGAAAUUAUUAAUUGGUCCAGGUGAUUCCUCUAGUUUAGUGUGCACAUUCUGCAACUAUGAAUGCAAAUGUCUUUCAGAAUUUGUUAGACAUGAGAAACAACACAACUUAGGAAGUAACAGAACAUUGUGUGUGGGAGGCAAUUCAUCCACUAUACUGAGUGGUACAGAGCUCUCGUCAACUAGAUGCCAGCAUUGCAGACAGCGCUGCAAAACAAGUGCUGACUUGGUCAUUCAUCUGCAAUCAUGUACAGAAGCAAACAGAUACACAAAAGGGUCCAAUGAUAUAAAUCUUAAAACAUCUGAUGAUGUGUGUGAAAUGAACGGAGAACUUACGCUGAAUGAACCGUACACUGACAAACAAGAAACAGCACAUCCCAUGGUAAACAAAGUAUUUGUAUGGAAUGAAUUUGGUCAAGAUAUGGAGAGUGACCAGAAUGGUCAGCUCCCAUCAGAUGAAAUGCAGGAACAAGAAAAUAUGUCAGUUGAUAAUGAAACUGAGAGCUGUCUACAACUUAAUGGAGGCUGCAAACCAUCUGACAAUGAAGUAGGCCUCGUUGGGUUUGAGACCGCUCCUGGUUAUGGGGCUGUAAGUAACACAAGUGAUGAUGGGACUCCAGCAAGCAACAGUGACUCAGCUGCGACUCCUGGUACAUAUACUGUUGUUAAAAGGGUAUUCAAGUGCCCACACUGCACUUUCUGGGCAUCCACAGCAUCUCGAUUCCACGUUCAUAUUGUUGGACAUCUGAACAAGAAACCAUUUGAAUGCUCACUGUGUGCUUAUCGCUCAAACUGGAGAUGGGAUAUUACAAAACAUAUUAGAUUGAAAGUAGUCCGUGACAAGAAUCAUGCAGACGCGAAAGUCUUGAUGACAGAUGAAACAGGUCGACGGAAUUAUAGCAAGUAUAACAAGUAUCUAACAGCACUGAGAAUGCGUGAAUAUCUUCCAUCUACCACCGAUCAACAAAGACUGCUGCCAACACCACCUCGUCUCACACGUGCUCCUACACCACCAGCAGAUGGGGUAUGUGGUGUCCCUCCUGGUCCACUUCGCCCACCUCCACCCCUCCGUGCUGCACAUUCUAUGAUCUCGUCAGUACCAUCACAAGUACAGUCUCAAGAACCAGUGGUACAGAAAACAAUAUCUGGCCAAAAAAGAUCAGCAUCUGAUGCUGCUCUUACAGAUAAGCCCCCAGUUGAGGUCAAGAGAACAUUGUGGAAGUGCAAGAAAUGCAAUUUCCGUGAUGCAAGCCGUGAACUAGUGCUUAGUCAUGUCAAGGGACACUACCAGGAACGUCUUCUUUCACAGGGUGGAGCUUCAGGUGAUACUCCAGUUUUGAAAAACAAUAAAGACAACUCACAGUCACCUAGAAAUGAAAGCACCCAUCAAAUAAUAAAAAAUGAAACACAAAAUGAGGAUGUCAAUAUGAGUAUGACAGAAACAAGUCUAAGUGCUACAGGGGAAACUACAGUGAAGCAGGAAAAGGAAGAUGAUUCAUUCAGAUGUACCAUAUGUCCUUUCAUAACAAAUCUCGAGAACGCUUUAGAAGAACACCUUGAGAACCAUGCUUCCCAAAGUGUGAAUGAUCUCAAAUGUACAAUGUGUUCAUACUCUGUUGUUGACAAAAGUGAGUUAUCAGAACAUAUGAAGCUACAUGGUGUUAUGGAUGCAGAGCCAGGUGAUGACAAUUAUCAUCAUGAUAUGUCUGUGGACAAAAACUCGGAGGAAGAAGAGAAUGAGAGUUCACCGCAACAGACUGGCACAGAUGGAAGUAUGUGCAAACGCUACAGAUGUGCAAAUUGUCCAUAUCUCAGUAACAGCAAGAGCCAGUUUCUUUACCACAAGCAGUUUCACAGGCCACGUGGAGCACCUUUCAAAUGUGGUAUCUGUUCAUAUAAUGUUAGCAAACGCCACCUACUUCAUCAGCAUCUGCGUGUGCAUGGCAUUCUUAUUCCACCCCAGAAAAGUCCCACCAAGUCUGGAAAAGAGAGCCAGGAUGAAAGUGCUGAUGAACUAGUUCAAACAUCAGUGUCUGGGGACAUUAAGAGGCCAACAUCAAUGGUAGACCAUCGACUAACAUCUCUAGAUACUAGUGGUUUAUCACAGGUGCCAUUAGUUUGGGUUUCUCGAGAGAGUAAAUUUUUUAAAAUGUACAAAUGCCGAUACUGCCCACAUGUAAAUUUUCGUAAAGCUAAUAUCCUGGAACAUGAGAAAAUGCAUACUGACAGAACCAAAGAUGUUAACAGUCAUAAUGAUAGUGGAGGGAAAGCUCAGUCAAGCAAUAAUCUAGUUCAGCACCAUUGUCCAGAAUGUAAUUACAUUUGUAAUAAUGCUGGAGUACUAUCAUCACAUGCUAAAGUUCAUCAAGGAUUCUAUGGUCAGAUUCAUGCCCUGGUAGACCCUUCUAGAACAGAUGAAGCGCAGCUUGAAGAGCUCUCUGCAAUGGUGACUAUUGAGAGUGAUUGUACAGGUACUAAGCAACCUAUAAAUAAUAUUAAAAAUGAACAAACAGGAAGUUCUGAUUCAAAUAAAGACAUCUCAUUAGCUGCUGAUGGCACAGAAACUUCUAAAAAAGAUGAAAAUCAAAAAUGUGACCCUUCAGUUUUGGAGGAAUCUGUGUCUAUAAGUGACAGUACCAAGAGAAGUCUUUACUUUUGCCCUCGCUGUCCUGCAAGAUUCUUGUGUGAAAAGGAAUUGAAAAUUCACCGUAGGUACCAUAUUUUCCAUUUGUCACAUGUAUGUGAGUUUUGCUCCUACACUGCUAAGCAGCGAUCCUACCUUCUUGCUCAUAUGAAAGUCCAUACAGAUGAAUACCAGAAAAAAACAGACAUGCUUCUUGAAAUGUAUGGAUCGUGUCAGGAAUAUCCUCGGCCACAGAUAGCUGUUGACAAUUCUGAGGCUGCUAAUGUCAUGUGGGUAGUUAUUGACAAGUCAGGAAAAAAGGACAGCAGAAUGGAUCCACGUGGAACUGACAAGCAUUAUACCUGCGAUCGUUGUCCUGCGAAAUUCCUUAAAAGUGAUUCUUUACAUUAUCACAUAUCAAUGCAUGGAGGUCAAGGACAGUACAAGUGUAAAUACUGUGACUACACUGCUAAAACAUUUGGUCACUUAAUUAAACAUGAAAAUGUUCACCAAGAUAGAAUAUUUCCUCUAGACUCUUCUCUUCUAUCCACAACAAACAAAGUAUCACCUGAGAGUGUUUCUGACAGCAAAACUUGGCCACAGUCUGAUGCAACUGAACAAAAGACCAUUUCACAAAAGGUUUCACCAGAAAGAAGUGGCAUAUUACAAUCUGUCUCAAAAGAGCGUCCACAGCUGCAUGUAGAUCCACAGUUUGGAAUUCUUAUGCACGGAAAUCCCGACUUCAUUUAUCCCACUUACUUAAAAAAUGGUAGACUGAAAGAAAAACGUUAUAAAUGUCACAAAUGUCCUUCAGCAUUUGAGAAACGUGAGCAAUACAGGACACACCUUUCACUUCAUGGUGCGAAGCAGAGAUACAGAUGUGAAAAAUGUGAUUACUCUGUAAAGUACUAUGCCAACUACAUACAGCAUAUGCGUAAACACAAGGAUAAUGAUGACGCCCAAGCAGCACGGUUGAUAGAAAAAAAAAAGUCUGAUCAUGAGUUACUUGAUAUAAAAGAAGAAAUUACAGAAACAGAAGCAGACGCAGAAACAGAACCAGCAUCAGUACCAGAGUCAGAAGUGGAACUACAAUCACAGCAGCAGAAAGAACCAGGGCCAGUGCCAGAGCCAGAGCCGGAGUCAGAGCAAGUACCAGUACCAGCACAAGUACCAGUACCAGUACCAGAACCACCACAAGUAACAGAACCAGAAUCAGAACUAGUAGCAGUACCAGUACCAGUACCAGAACAAGAAUCAGGACCAGUAUCGAUACCAGUACCAGAACCAGAAUCAGGAUCAGUAACGAUACCAGUACCAGAACCAGAAUCAGGAUCAGUAACGAUACCAGUACCAGAACCAGAGCCAGUGACAGUAACAGAGCCCGAGGUGCAGUUUCAGCCAGAAGAGACUAGUAAACCAGCAGGAAUUCGUGCCAGGAAGAGUAUUGGAUCUACUUCUAAACCUGGCCCAGUUCAGAUGACUGUAGCAGAUCGGCAAAUACUGUUAUUGAUGCAGAUGAAACAUGCGGAAAGUCUGAAAGCAUCGCAAGAGACUUUCAAGGAGCAGUUGCAGAAAAGCUACUGGUGCCCCCAUUGUCCCUAUUCGACUCCUCAACAUGAUGACCUAGAAAUCCAUAUUAGGAAGCACACAUCAGCAUCUGGUAUACAUUCAAAUUACCUAUGUGAUUACUGUGAUUACUCUGUGCCAUCUGCUCAUUUUUUACAUGAACAUCAUAAGUUGCACUUUGCUCAGAAGAGGUUUGCAACAGAAUGUUUCAUGAAGAGUAGAUGUAUACAGAUAUGGAGACAAGAAACUGGUGAAACAGACAGUGUAGAAACUGGUAAAGACCAGCCCUCUGAGGACUGUGAAAGAUCAGGAAAACAUCUAGCAUUUAAAGAUAGGGGUACUUCUGUGGAAAUUCAGGACAGAUUUGAACCAAUUUUACAAGAGGAAAGCGCUUGUGUAAACCUGGACAUAAAUGCAGAGAAGAAAGUCACAAUUGAUUUAGAUACUGGUGACCCAAUUGACAUGGAAGCCAAUUACCAGGAAAGUGGUGAUACAAAUGAUAGUUCUGCAGACAAAGAGAAAUUUUUAGAGGAACUCGACUUAGAAACCAAAGAAGCUGAAAUGGAAGAAGCUGAAAUGGAAGAAGCUGAAAUGGAAGAAGCUGAAAUGGAAGAAGCUGAAAUGGAUACUGAGAUACCUCAUGAGUUGAGGUGUGUGAUUAAGCAGGAACUACCAGACAGCGAAUAUGCUGAGGAUGAUAGUUCGAGCAUUGUUGAUGGUACAAUAGAAUCCACAGAGUACUUGAAAACUGUUGAAGAUGUGUGUAUUUCAUGACAUUAGUUUAAAAAUAACAAUUAGUCUAGACAUUUGCAGAACAGGAAAAGACUGGCCAGAUUUACAGAUUUUACAAGUUAAUUUGUGUAUGUAAUUAGCCGCUGUUUGAAGUGGUAACACCAUUAAUAUGCCACUGAAUAAUGUAGUUUACAGAGAGUGAGUCUGUGAAUUAGAAAAAGCCAAAGCAAAGAUUUUAAUAUUUUCAUAAGUGUAUAUAUGUAGAGUUUUGUGCAUAAGUUAAGUUAGUAAGACUUUUUUCCAGUUCAGAGGGAUAUACAUCUCUCGUAAGUCCAAGGGACCAUCUAUUUGACCAACAAAGACUGUUUAGAAAGCACUAUAGCUAUUUUUCCUUCAUGUUAUGAGCUGAUUUUGCAGAACAAUUCAGCAAUUUUCGUAGUUACCUCCUUUUGCAUUGUUAUGUGAUGUGCUAUUCUGCUCAUGAUUGUGUGUGUCAGAAAUAAGCAUUAAUUGGCAGUUUUUGUCUUCCCUCUAAGAAGUAUGAAGGAUUAUGUUAUCAUAAAUAAAUGACUUUACAACUGUGAGACUAUAUGUAUGAAUGUAAAUGCUGUUAUUAAAAAAUACAUACACAAAAAUAAUUUACACCCAUCAUAGAGUACAAAAAAACUGUAAACGUGUUAAACAGAAUCCUUCUUUCUUUGAGGGAAAAGAGAAUUAUUCACAUUCUGACUGCUCUUUUUCUGUGCCUCUCGUACUGUAAUUUUCUUAAUACCUGUGCAAAUAUUUGUUGUUU